GUUCUUGUCUUAGAAAUUCAGUGUUUUCUUCGGAAAUCCAGGAGCAACAGUCGUGCAAGUUCAGCACUGCUCUAAACAAACAACAACAACAUCCGACUCAGAAAGAGGAGGGGCGCCAGAGGAGAGGAAAACUGCCGGCUUACCACCAUUGGAGUUGAUCUGAAGGGAACGAGAGAGCCGAGAUAACUCCCUUCGGUGCUGCGUGCUCGGGUUUAUUAUCGGUCAGAUUGCAAUUGUGGGCUGGCUGCAAGCAAAAAGACGGCCAAAUGACUUUAAAGGAGAAGCGAAUACAUUUCCAAAGAAAAUGCACACCUUAGCCACUUUCUCCACACACGCACACAUACACACCCUUACCUGACGGCGGGGCUUAUACUUUGCCGGAUCCUGGCCGCACCUGCUGCUGAUAGAGAUGUCUCCCAGCUUGGAGCGCGGGGGGACUCGGAGAGCGGAAAGGAGCGCUUUCCUCUCGCCAGCCCACCUGCCCGUGAAAGCGCCCUUCCGCGGGGCUUCUCGGAGCAGGUUCCCGCCAAAAGAGAAGCAACUCUGAAACGACUAGCCGCUCCUCAGCCAGUCCCAGUCCCCCCACCUUCGCAGCCAUCCUGCAUCUGUCAUCAUCCAGCCGUCCCUCCUCCUACUCUUGCUGUGGCUCUUCUCAGCCGUGCCUGCCUACUCGCCGGUCAGCAGCUGGGAGGACGCCGCGGUGACAGCAGCAAGCGGCGUAGGGGCUCUCAAUCACUUAGUCAGCAGGCAAGGCGGCGGCGGCGGCGGCGUUGCUGGCAACCGCUCGGGACUAGCUCCCUUCUACACAGAGCCUGCAAAGCAGAGCAACACCCAGGACAGAGAGAAUAGGCACUUUGCAAACUCCGGGUUGGUCCCUCCGCACCAGCAGGCGGAGAAGAAGAGGACUGUUGCUGCUUAAGAAGACCUGCGGCAACGGCGUGGGGGUAGCGCUUGCGCGAGGCAGGCGGAGUCGGCGAGGGCAAACUUGCUGCGCGUCCCUCCUGGGCUACUGGGCAGUGACUUUUUCAGUGGCUUAGCUGGCGAAGAGGAAGGAGCUUGUUGGCUCGCGCACUGGAGUCGAGGAACGGUCGGCCGGAGGACUUCUACGCGCAGCAGCAGUAGCAGCAACCCCGGUCGCUCAGCCAGGAGCGACCGGAGGGCCCGUAGGCAAUGGCGGCCCGAAGUAGAAGCAGCUGCGCUGGGUCUCUUUAGCUGCGUAGCGGACUUGCAUCCGCGCAGGGGCCAGGGCAGGUGAGGGGUCAUCGGCGCGUGCUUGGGCCGGCGCUGCUGGGUUUGUUGUCCUUGGACAUUCGCAUUCGAACUGAGUGUCCAGACGUCGUCAGCAGCCCCCGGCCGGUGCCAAGGUGUGUGGCGGGCAGCAGGGCUGGCGGGGCCAUGGAAAGCCCGGCGGAGAACCCCAGCAAGGCUGCGGAGUACCUCAAGGAACUCAACAAGAUCAUCGAGACGCAGCAGGAGCUGCUGGAGAAGCAGAAACACCGGAUCGACGAGCUUGAGCAGCAAGUGGCCAAGCUCUAUCACGAGAACGCUAGUCUGCAGGACGAGCACCAGCGACACCUGGCCACAUGCAGGCUGCUGCUCUUGCAGCAGCAGGGAGCCCUGCCGGCCCUGCUGCCGCUGCCGCCGCCGCCGCCGGGGGACAGCCAGCAGAUCUCCAAGGACGAAAAGUCUGAAGGUGAAAGCUCAAGAAGCAUUAGGUCUAUAAAUACUCUGCACCAGUUUUGCUGUCCAGCUCCAUUGUACCAUACCCAGCUAACUGUCCCUGCCACACACUCAGAGUACAGGACUUCCUUUGAAACAAGAAGCAGUGUUUCAGCUGAUCUACUCAGUGUUGAGGGUGAAGCUCCUGGAAGUGAAACUGGCACAUCAUUGGAUAGCCCAUCUACUUACCAUCAAGGAGCUAUAACUCACAGUUCAGCUAUAAGCCCAGACCACUACGACCAUUCUCCGUAUGGGCUGUAUUCUGUGUCUCCAGGGCAGCAAAGGCCUCGGAGGCCAAAACUUCAGCACUCAACAUCCAUACUAAGAAAACAAGCAGAAGAAGAAGCCAUUAAAAGGUCAAGGUCACUUUCAGAGAGCUAUGAACUCUCAUCUGACUUGCAAGAUAAGCAGGUUGAAAUGCUAGAACGGAAAUAUGGAGGCCGUCUCAUAACUAGACAUGCUGCUCGUACUAUACAGACUGCUUUCCGCCAGUAUCAGAUGAACAAAAACUUUGAGCGGCUUAGAAGUUCUAUGUCUGAAAAUCGUAUGUCAAGACGCAUUGUGCUAUCCAAUAUGAGAAUGCAGUUUUCAUUUGAAGGACCUGAGAAAGUCCACAGUUCCUACUUUGAAGGGAAGCAAGUUUCUGUUACAAAUGAUGGGUCAAAAUUAGGGGCUCUUGUUCAGUCUGAAUGUAGUGACCUUGGUGAAUCAGCUACUAUGAAAUCUCCAGCAGCAUCCACUGACUUUGCUGAUGCCAUAACGGAACUGGAGGAUGCUUUUUCAAGACAAGUAAAAUCUCUUGCGGAGUCAAUUGAUGAUGCACUAAAUUGUCGUAGCCUGCAUUCCGAUGAGGUACAGAUACCUGAUCAAGUCAGAAGUCGUGAAAUAGAGAGGGACAGUUGUGGUCAAACUAAACCAACAAGCCAUAAUGUAGACCAUAGGAAACUUGAUGAAAUGACUGCAUCAUAUAGUGACGUUACAUUAUAUAUCGAUGAGGAAGAACUAUCCCCACCGCUGCCCCUUUCUCAAUCUGUAGAUAGGCCGUCUAGCACAGAAUCUGACCUAAGACUUCGGUCAAUUAAUCCAUCUCAAGAGUACUGGUCUAUGACACACAAGGAUCAUAAGAUAGACACUGAUACAAGCUGCAGAAGUACCCCGUCACUAGAAUCCCAGGAGCAAAGAAUGAGGAUGGAUCAUCUGCCUUUGCUAACCAUAGAACCACCCAGUGACAGUUCAGUGGACCUAAGUGAUCGCUCAGAGAGAGGAUCAUUAAAGAGGCAGAAUGCAUAUGAUCGAGGAAUAACUAGUCAGCAAGGUAGCCCAAAACACAUCUCCCAUGGCAUCCCCACCAAGAUACUAUCCCGAGAGGAGCAGGAGACUAGACAUAGGCCAAGGCCUAUUGAUAGCCACUUGGCAAUUAAUGGCACAGCAAACAGACAAAGCAAAUCUGAAUCUGAUUACUCUGAUGGUGACAAUGACAGCAUCAAUAGCACUUCCAAUUCUAAUGACACAAUAAACUGCAGCUCAGAAUCAUCUUCUAGAGACAGCCUAAGGGAACAAACCUUGAGCAAGCAAACAUACCAUAAAGAGACUCGCAAUAGCUGGGAUUCUCCUGCCUUCAGUAAUGAUGUCAUCAGGAAACGCCACUACAGGAUAGGACUGAAUCUUUUUAACAAAAAACCUGAAAAAGGAAUCCAGUAUCUGAUUGAGCGAGGCUUUGUGCCAGAUACACCUGUUGGAGUUGCCCAUUUUCUUCUACAGAGAAAAGGACUCAGCAGACAGAUGAUAGGAGAAUUCCUCGGAAAUCGACAAAAGCAGUUUAACCGGGAUGUAUUAGACUGUGUUGUGGAUGAGAUGGACUUUUCAGCUAUGGAACUGGAUGAAGCACUCAGGAAAUUUCAAGCUCAUAUCCGAGUCCAAGGAGAAGCUCAGAAAGUAGAACGACUUAUUGAGGCUUUUAGUCAGAGGUACUGCAUCUGUAAUCCGGGCGUUGUGAGACAAUUCAGAAAUCCCGAUACCAUCUUCAUCCUAGCUUUUGCAAUCAUAUUAUUAAACACAGACAUGUAUAGUCCAAAUGUAAAACCAGAACGCAAAAUGAAACUUGAAGAUUUUGUCAAGAAUCUAAGAGGUGUGGAUGAUGGUGAAGAUAUCCCACGAGAGAUGCUUAUUGGGAUUUAUGAGAGAAUUCGAAAGCGUGAGCUCAAGACAAAUGAGGAUCAUGUGUCCCAGGUCCAAAAAGUUGAAAAACUCAUAGUAGGAAAGAAGCCGAUUGGAUCUCUACAUCAUGGACUUGGUUGUGUUCUCUCUCUGCCACAUAGAAGGCUUGUUUGCUACUGCAGGCUCUUUGAAGUUCCAGAUCCAAAUAAACCUCAGAAGCUUGGAUUACACCAACGAGAAAUAUUUUUAUUUAAUGAUCUCCUUGUGGUCACCAAGAUAUUUCAAAAAAAGAAGAAUUCAGUCACGUACAGUUUUCGGCAGUCCUUUUCCCUCUAUGGAAUGCAGGUCCUCCUUUUUGAAAAUCAAUAUUAUCCAAAUGGCAUACGGCUCACAUCAGCUGUUCCAGGAGCAGAUAUAAAAGUUCUGAUAAAUUUCAAUGCACCAAAUCCUCAGGACAGAAAGAAAUUUACUGAUGAUUUGAGGGAAUCUAUUGCAGAAGUGCAAGAAAUGGAAAAGCACAGAAUAGAGUCUGAACUAGAAAAGCAGAAAGGUGUAGUGCGGCCCAGUAUGUCUCAGUGUUCAAGUCUGAAAAAGGAGUCUGGCAAUGGGACACUGAACCGAGCGUGCCUUGAUGACAGCUAUGCCACUGGGGAGGGGCUGAAAAGGAGUGCCCUGAGCAGCUCUCUUAGAGACCUCUCUGAAGCAGGCAAGCGUGGGCGUCGCAGCAGUGCAGGAUCGCUAGACAGCAAUAUGGAAGGGUCCAUCAUUAACAGUCCUCAUAUGCGCCGAAGAGCUACAUCAACCCGAGAGUGUCCAUCUCGCCCUCACCAGACUAUGCCUAAUUCUUCCUCACUACUAGGGUCCUUAUUUGGUAGUAAAAGGGGGAAACCUUCCCAAGGCCAUCUAGCAUCUGGCCCAUCACAGCAGCCUCCACACCCCUCCAUAAUUCCACAUCAGCAACACACACAGCAUACUUCUGCCAUGCACCACACAGGACCAGCUGAGGGACAGACCCAGGCACAAGUGCACACUCACCAUUCUCAGUACUGUCACAUGCAGAAUCCACCUCCUUACCACCACCACCACCAUUAUCAUCCACCCCAGCAUAUCCAGCACCCACACCAAUACCACCAUGUGCCACACUCACAGCAUGUAGCACAUUCACAGCAUUCUUACAUGCCACACUCGCACUCACAUUCCCAUGCUCCCCAUCCUCCACUGCCACCUCCUCAUCCUGCACACUCUUCCCAUUCUUCACAUCACCAUGGACAGCCAGUUCCCCCUUCUACUUCAACCAGCACUAAGCCCAAACAUAGUGGUAUCAGCACAAUAGUCUAGAACCAAACUACCCUGCCAAUAACUGUAGCUCUGGGCAUACCUGUAAAAGGCACUUACAAGAAGCAGAAGCAACCUAUAAAACUGGAUUUUUUUAAAAAAAUCCAAACCAGAAACAACUUAAUUGACUCGUUUGGCCUUAAGGAUUCAAUAGAACAAUUCAUCAUAUUAGCCUGAUCAAUGCUGGUCUUAUGGUUGAACUCAGAGGUGACCUUCUCCCUCCUUUUCUUCAGUAGCCUUGGAAAUAUGCUGCUUGCUGAAAAUGUUAAGCUACCUUUUCCCAUUCCCAUCACAAUUUUAAAUGCAUAAUGAAACAUAAUCUACUCAAAAUAAAAGAAAAAAUGAAAUAGAACCAGGUGUUGCAUUCUUGCUCCUUAAUUGUCAGUGGGCAAAAAAAGUAGACCUCAUAUGGUUGAUGAAAGUACGUAAGUAAACUUUAUAUAAUAUAAAUAUAUAAAUAUAUACAUAUAUAUAUAUAUACUGUAUAGUUAACAUUUAUGCUUAGGAUAAAACUUUUGCAGUCCACAAAGCUAGCAAUAUAUACUUUACCAGGAAUUCCACAUAAAGAUAGAAGGGCAGUACAGUAGAUGAACAGUUUGUGAAAGAGUAGACCAAAAACUAGAACAACUUUCACUGUUCUUAUUAAAAGUUCUCUGGACUUGGGGAAAAAUAUCUCUAAGCAAUCAUUGCAAAAUGUGCCAAGUAACAUAGCGUUUAGCUGUUGCAGUCAAAUAUUGCUUUGUAUAAAUCUUUAUUUUAUUAACAUAAUAUACUUAGUCAGUAUUAUAACUGUUCUGCUGUUUCAGGUAAGCAAACUAGUUAAGAUGCAGUAACUAUACAGUAGCAACAUGAGACAACCUUUAUUACGGGUUAUCUCUAAAUUUUGGUUACUCUGAUUCUUAGACACUUUAAAGGCUGUGAUAACUGUGAACUUACACAUCCACAUUUCUUUUAUAUUCAUAUUAUAAACACAUAUGAAGUGUUAAAUGGAAGGUACUUGCAUAUAUGACAUAACUAUUCAUCUCAGACCUUAAAUACGAAACAUCAUCCCUUUCUUCGACCACAUUGCCUCUUUACCAUAACUUAGUUUAUCUCAGUUAAAAUAGACUGCAGUUCAGACUUUUUCCAUAUUAAAGUGAUCUGAAACUUGAAGCUUAUUUUAGUAUUGAGUAUAGAUUUUUAUAACUGUAAUUCCAUGUAGCCAUGUGCUGGCAGCAAGAUUUUCUUACCAUUUUCUCAUCACAUUUGUUAGUUUUACCCAGCACUCAGCAGGCUGAGUCCAUGCUGAAACUGUCAUAGUCCAGUUAGUCGCAAGACAUCUUGUAAAAUCUGACUGUGCUGUUGUUGCUUAUGUGUUGUAAUGAGUCAUUUGCAAGUCCAUAUGAGAUUUUUUGUAUCCCCGACUCCUAGUUGCUUUAAAAAAAAAAUCAUACAUAGAGCAUACUUUGUAGUUUCAGCAUUUUGAGCCACCUCAGUCACAAGGACUGUACAUCUAACUGGCAGAAACAAAAGGAACCACAGAACUGCACCAGCUGAAUUGUCAGUGUGGUUUAAAAGAAGAAGAAAAACUCCAGCUGAAAGAUGGGUAAAACCAAAAGCAGAAAAAGUAUGUUGCUUCUGAAUGUAAAAGUGAUGUGAAGAUAACUUUUUGGUGUUGGAUUAUUCCUAGUGUCUCCAGUUUGGUUUUUUUAUCUUCCUCUCCUUCCUAUGAUGAUUUUACCAUGACCACCAGCAAAAUUAUAAACUGAGUAUGUUUGUUAACUUGUAUCAAGCAAAAACAACCACUUCGCAUUUAGUCUGUUGUUUAAAUUUGUCCUUUAUUUCUCAUGUGUGCAAUACCUUUUUCUGUUUUGUUUGCCUAUAAAUUAACUUCAUAUUAAAUGAAAGUAAUAAAAGUAAAUUGAUGGUCAUCCAGGCUGUCCUGAAUUGUGCAGCUUACCUAAGAGGGCCUGCCUUAGCCCCCUGAGGCAUUCUGUUCCUUGCAGUUUAAAAAAAAAAAUGUUCUUAUAAGGGAUAAUAGAAUUGUCUGCAUGUCCUCUAAUGUUAAUAGUGUUGAGGCUACACUCUACAUAUUGUAUAUUUGCAAAAUAUAUCAGUGUUACUGUUGAUAAUAGUUGAAGUAAAGUGAUAACAUAUUUCAAUAUGUAGACUUUUCUUCAGACCUUUGUACCAAUAGUAGAGUCUAACUGUAAUUUAUAAGUUGUUCCAGAAAAGAUAAGGCACAGGUGGAUCUUUUCCCCCUCCCUCUCUCUUUAUUGCUCAUUGUAUAUUCUGCAUGAAGAAGUUCUGGAUACAUGUACAUGCACUGGAUAGUCACAUUGUUUUUCAUUUGACACGUGAAUAUCUGCCACUCCUAAAAAUACUUUUAAAAUAUGUUUCCCAUCUAUUUACAUUGCUGAUCACGAUGAUGUAGGGGACCCCAUGGACAUUUUGAAGCUUACAUCAAACAUAUUUACAUCAUAGGUACAUGUAGACUUAUAUCCCCCAUAGGCAUUCAUUGAGGCCCAAAUCAUGGCUUGCUGUAUGCACAUGAAGCAUAUAGGGUACGGUACACAUAUAUUAGAAUCCUCCAUGGAGUAAAUAAGUAUGGUGUAUGUAUUAGCACUAACGUUGAAACUCAAUACAUGUCAGAGAGAAAAACUUGGUGUUUUUCUAUAUUUUCAACAAAUAUGUGCUGUUGUGAGCAUUAGAGUUUAAAAUUACUGUUUUUCAAAGAACCAGUCUAAAGUUCCAGAAUACCUUUUUGAAUAGAAAUACAAAAUCCAUUUCUUCUUUGACUGGGAAAAUGAUAGGUCACCAUCAUUAGCUUCUGUUUGCUGCUGGCAUAAAUAAUUUUUCUAGCAUGCAGCAGUGAAAGUAAGUUAUUGAAAAGCUUUUGUUAGUUUUUUCUUAUUGAUUAAAAAACAGCACAAAGCGUUAUUGAACCAUAUUCCCCCCCUUAAUAUUAUGGUGAAGUAAAACCAAAAAAUAUGAAGAGAUUAAAGGAAAGUCUUAAAAAACUUUGCAAAAAUAUCUUUUCUGGGACAACAGUCAAAUAUGUAUUUAUUUUUAAUUCCUUUUAUGUUAAGAAUGAAAUGUACAACAAUGUAAAAGAAAUAAUCCUAAUAUAAUGUACAUGUCUUGUAUUGCUAAAAAGAAGUCUUCAAGAAUAACAUUGUAGAAUGAUUUUUCCAUCAAGCACUGCAUGCAGCAGAAGCCUCUUGUUUCUUCAUUUAAAAUGAGCUGAAAGACAGUCAGCAGCUAUUUAAACAAUGACUCUCUACAUGUUGACUUGCUGUUCCAUAUAAAGCUGUGCGUUUUCUGCAGUUAAGCAUGCAUUUUGCUGUUUCCGUUGUAAAACAUCAUCACACUUCUUGCCUGCAAAAUGAGUAAUUGUGUAUAUAGUUUAAAAAGAAGGGGGAGGGGACAAUAAGAUAAAAUUUGAGGGAGGGAAAGGGGUAGCGGAAACAGGACCAAGUAGGGGAAAUAGCGAAUUGUCUAAAUUGUAUAUAGUGUGUAAAUUAGUAUUAAUAGAAGUCUGCAGUCACUUUCAGGUUGCAUACAGUACCUGUCUCCUGCUCGAAACUUUAAUCCCAGCUUUGAGUUGCAUUAUUAAACUGUUAGAAUUAGGUCUUGAAUGCAGACUGUUAAAAGACUUCAAGAAACAUCAUGCUCAUGAAAAGCUUCUGUUCUGGGAGGCUCAAGAUCCAUUUUGUAACCGUUGGGAAGAAAGAGUGCUUUCAUUUUAAUAUGCAUUGUUUGUAAGUAGUAUCAGAUCUUAUCGUUGUAAAACUAUAACUGUGAUUAUGUGGGAAAUCAAAUAAAUCACUUUGAACUCA